AUGUCGAACGCCAGAUCCCUGCAUCAUCCAAGAGAUGCGUGGGAAAUAUGGAGAGAGGCCAUCGGCCAUUUAUAUCUCGCCGAGAAUAGAACAUGCGGAUACAUUAAGGCCUUCCUCAUUUCAAAUCACUUCCCUUGCAGCGAAAGGCAGAUCAAGAAUCGACUCAGAGAUUGGAAGUUAGAACGCAAAAAGACCCCGUCUCAACAUUACCUAGCGAUGAUGUCAGUUGCAAACAAUGAGCGGAAUGCUGGGUAUGAAAUCGUGUUUAAAGUACCAAAGCGCUGGGGUACGGAACACUUCAACCUUAAGAAGAUCAAAAAGGAAUGUGACAGGGUUAAGAAAAGGUUCGGCAGAGCUCAUGACGACUUUUCACUCCCAUCACUUGAAAAUGCCAGGCUAGUGCUACGGAAUGCUGGCAUUACUCCAUUUUUAGGUCGGCCAGCACCUUAUCCAGAUAUCUCGGGCGCCCCUGGUGACUAUAAGCGAUACUCUCUUGGAAAUCCCUUCGCAACCUACACGGGUUGGAUAGUCCCAAGUGACGACAGUGUCCAAGUCAGCGGGGGAGACUUCGAAAGAAGAUCUGUCUGCAUAUUUCUCGAGAACCCACCCACUUGCCAUUCUUCUCCCACGGCGGUCCAGACUUCUGCUAUACAAGUUGAUAACUUGUGUACGAUUGCAAGCUGUGAUGACCUGGCCUCUUCUUUGCCCAUGUCAGUUGUCGUGAAGAACCCACCCAGUCCCCAGUGGCCUCUAUGCGAAGAUAAUGGCAUGAAUUGGGAGCCAUGUAUUCUGGAUGAUCAGCCAAGGUCUUUGGCCUAUCCCGAGCCGACCACUGUUUUACAUGAUACCUUACCUACGGUAGCUCUUUGUCCUGAUAGAACAAGCUUUGUGAUUGCUCUACUGGACACACGGUCAGGCUUUACAAGCCUUCAAUGUUAUGACUUCAAGGAAGAGCCAAUGACCAACUUUGAGAUUUCCAGAAAUCAGGACAUCAUCAUGAAAGAAGGAAACUAUAAUAGUUUGCAUGCAAAUCAGUAUUCCAAGCCCGUUGAAAGUGGAUUAUUCCGUCGCGGUAUCGACAUUGGCCCGAUGGAUAUUUCACACAGUUCGCAAGAUCCUAAAGACUUUGUCAACGAUAUCACGCAAGAUGAUGACGAAAGUCGGGUCGUCUACGGACUACUUGAUGGAGUUGGUGAAUGGCUCCUUCCAACUCUUAUUUGGAUGCAGGUGAUUCUUGCAUCAGAUGGCCGAGAGAAAGAUCUGAAACAAUUCCUCUCCAACACCUGCAAUACACUUGAACAAGCGCACUAUCUCGAAAACAAGGAUGCCUUUGCUGUGCCAUUUCGCUAUGUUUGGGCGGAUCUUAUUCGGCACUCCAACGGCCGUAUUUACUGGGGCCAGAAGCUACCCUUUGCGCAGACUCAAAUCAUAAACAUUCAGGGAUUUUACCAUCCGAAUACCUUCAUCAUCGAACAUUACACCGCGUGGUGUGAUAUGUAUUGCGGUCGACUCAGAAAAGGCGUCACGACCUUGAAAGCUUCUCUUGCUGUCUGCGAGGCGUACUUGGGACUCGACAGCAUCGUGACCAUCACCCGCUGGGUCCUCAUCUCCCGCGGUCUGGAGAAACAAGAUAAUCUGGACGAGGCCCUCGUGUAUAUUACGAAAGCCACGAAGCAGUUGAACGGCAGUCGUUCCGACCUAGCGAAAUAUCGAUUUAUGAUUUUACACAGACGUGGGGUAAUCGAGCUACAGACCAACAGACUGGAGGAGGCGGAACAGCAUCUUCUCGCUGCGUUGCUUGGUCGCUUCGAAGUGUGCGGUCUGGAGGAUAACGCGACGUGGUCGAGCGUCUCUCAAUAUACCCACGCAUUGGUACUGACCGGACGAGUCGAUACAGCCACUGAAGUGUCGGAUUACUUUACCCGACGUCUCAAUUGGGAACGCAACCUCGAAUGGACCAUCGGGCACCAAGAAGAUCUCGAUAUCCCUGACCCUCCGUCCUGGAUGUCAGCUGAGUUUCAUUCUAAAGCAGCAAAGCUUGCCUCAACAAAGCUUGCCUCAACAAAGCUUGCCUCAACAAAGCUUGCCUUAGGCUACUGUGUUAUCGACGGGCCUUGA